AUGUACACCACAUGCUUUGCAUUGCUGGCGGCCACCGCCCUCGCAUCCUCACCCCUCUCACCCCGCCAAUCCACCCAAAAGGUAAUCGUCGACCUCACAAAACGGUACCAAACCAUCGACGGCUUCGGAUUCAGUGGCGCGUUCCAACGCGCAAACCUCAUCGUCAACCUCAAAGAACCCAAGCAAUCCGAAGUCCUCAACUUGCUCUUCAACACCACCACUGGCGCCGGCUUCUCGAUAGUGCGCAACGGCAUCGGGAGCUCCAAAACCAGUCAGAGUGACUGGAUGAACACGAUCCUGCCCAACUGUCCUUCCACCCCUGAUGGAACGCCAGAGUACAAGUGGGAUGGCAAAGAUAGCGGACAGCUGUGGUUAAGUCAGAAAGCGUGGGGGUAUGGAGUGCGGACAUUUUACGCGAACGCGUGGAGUGCGCCGGGGUGCAUGAAGACAAAUGGCAAUGAUGCCAAUGGAGGACAACUUUGUGGUGUCUCGGGUACGAAUUGCAAAUCCGGCGACUGGAAACAGGCCUAUGCCAACUAUCUUGUCAAGAAUGUCCAGCUGUAUGCUGAAAACGGGGUAUCUAUUACGCACAUCGGGUUCCUCAACGAGCCUGACAUGUCGACAUCGUACGCAAGCAUGCAAUCGAGCGGCACGCAAGCCGCCGAAUUCAUCAAGGUCCUGCGGCCCACGCUCGACAAGGCAAACCUCACCUCUGUAGGGAUAAACUGCUGCGAAGCGACCGGUUGGUCUAUUGCCUCGCAACAUGCCUCCCAGAUUAACGGCGCGGGAGCCAUCCCGUUGGUCUACGCAAUCACUUCGCACGAAUACACGAGCCGUAUUUCUGGCGUGAUGAACACCAAAGCCAAAGUAUGGCAGACUGAAUACUCCGACCUCAAUGGUGGCUGGUCAACAGCCUGGUAUAGCAGUGGGGGCAGCGGUGACGGCUAUACGUGGGCCAACACGGUGUUCAACGGCAUCGUGAACUCGAAUCUCAGCGCGUACAUCUUCUGGGAAGGCGUGCAAGACCGUGCAACUAAUAACAAUAACAAUGAGAAGCUCAUCCUUGUGGACGGGCAGUCGUACACCGUGAGCAAGCGCCUCUGGGCGUUCGCGCAGUUCCGCGUCGUGCGCCCUGAAGCCGUGCGUGUUGGAGCUAGCGGUGGUAGCAAUCUCAAGAACGCAGCGUUCGUAAACAAAGACGGAAGUGUUGCUGUUGUGAUCAUCAAUACCGGCUCCAGUGCGCAGACGGUUGGCAUUAGUCUUACUGGGAGCACUCUGGUCAACCCGAACGUGCAGGCGUGGUAUACGGACAAUACGCACGACAUGAGCGUGACUCCGGCCACGGUAAGCAAUGACGGAACGGCGAGCGCGAGCGUGCCGGGAAGGGGUAUGAUCAGUUUCCUAGUUACGGGUGCUGCAGCGAAUGCGACGAUUGCGGAGCGUUGA